UAUAAAUAUAUAUACACUGAUACAGACAUGUCAUCAGAAAGCGACUUCCAGAAUGAUAUAUUGAGAUUGUACAGCGCAUCAGGUCAUGAGUUUGUACUCUCAAGAAAGAUGACCUACGUCUCUGGCACAAUCAAAUCAAUGCUUGGUGGAGAGAACUCUAACUUUAUGGAGGAUCAGAACUCAGAGAUUAAGCUUAGAGAGAUAUCAACACCAGUGUUGGAGAAGGUGAUUCAAUACUUCUACUUCAAGAACAAGUACACCAACAGCACUACAGACUUGCCAGAGUUCCCAAUCAAUGAUAAGAUCGUUGUCGAUCUCUUGUUGUGCGCUCAUUUCUUGGACACUUAA